AUGGAAUCCAUUGCAUCUGAAACCGAGACAUCAGCGACAGAGUCUCGUCGUUAUAAAAACAGCAAGUGGAAGCGAUUUGUAUGCAAUUAUCGCGUAGUGGAAUUUGCCAUUUCUGUUCUGAUGUAUGGCUUUGCGCUCUUCUUUGCUACAAUUCAAGUCGCACAACGUGAGAUUCCAAACAUUGAGGUACAGCUGAACUCGACAACAUCCUUGUGGGCGCGAGAUCCGACGAUUAAUAACAAAGAGAUGGCGCAGCAAGUGUCGAUGGUUUCAUUAAUUGGAGUGGGAGCUGGUGCACCGAUUAUCAUCAAUCUGUUUAUCAACUAUGCAUUGCCCAAGUUUCAUAGCGUACGCGUUAUUCCGCAUGAUACGCGUGAUUUUUUCUUGACGAUAGUGCAGUCUACGAGCAUGGCUACGCUGCUGACACAAUUUACCAAGAACUUGACAGGACGCUUUCGUCCCUGCUUUUACGAUAUGUGUCAGUGGAACUACGAUGUCGUAUGGGACGGCGUGACUAACCUUUGCCAGAGCGCAUCGGGUGAGAAGGAAGGGCGCAAAAGCUUUCCAUCCGGGCACGCAUCUUUUGCAUUUGCCACAAUGCUUGUUCUCACGCUUUACUUGCUCGGCCGAUCAUCUUUGAAUUGCGAAAAUCGAAGCGAAACGAUGCUGCGUGGUGGACGAAAGACGCUGAAGCUGUUUCUCUGCUUCAUUCCAACGUUUGUGGCAUCGUGGGUGGCCGUGACGCGUACAAUUGACAAUUGGCAUCACUAUGCUGACAUUCUAGCAGGCAGCAUAAUUGGAGCUGUUUCUGCUUGUUUAUCGUACAGCUAUAACUACUCGUCGAUAUAUCACAGCCAGCAUGCUGGUGUCCCUUUACAAGGUUACCAUGCAAGCUCUAAGCGAAAUUCUACGACCAGUAGCAGCGGCAUCACAUACGCAAGCAGCGAUGCUUUUGGUCAGGAAGGUGUGUCACGGAAGCCCACAAAUGAUCACAGUGACUAUAUUGUGAAUGUUCAUCACGGCGCUACUCGUAGUGGCAAUUAA